UGGCGCGAUAGGACCAACCUCUACAUCUCCUACCGCCAAUCCUACACCCGCCCCUCCAAGCGACCCCGCCACGACCACCCCACCAACCAUGCUACCCACUCCGACCCCGAGCGGGCGGGCCUCAUGUCCGACCUCGACGCCGCCGACGGCGACGCAGUCAUCGAAAUGGACCUCCUCCCACCCCGUUGGCUCGACAUUCAGGACGAGAUCUCCACCUACCUGGGCGACAUCGCGGACAAAUUGAAGAAACUCGACCAAUUGCACGCCAAGCACGUCCUGCCGGGCUUCGAUGAUGAAAGCGUGAAAGCGCGAGAAGAGCGGGAGAUUGAGGCGUUGACGCAGGAAAUCACGCGCGGGUUUACGCGAUGUCAGACUCAAAUCCGCAGGAUCGACGCGCUGGUUCGAGAGCAACAACAGCAAAGCGGGGGUCACAUCUCGCAGGCGGAUGAGAAGAUGGCGCAGAAUCUCAAGAUCUCGCUGGCCGCGCGGGUGGGCGAGGUGAGCACGCUGUUCCGGAAGAAACAGGCCGCGUACCUCAAGAAGAUGCGGUCGUUGGGUGGGAUGAACACGCCCAUCGACCGCGCCGGUACCCCGCUCGCGCAGAACCCCUACACCGACCCGGCGAUGAUCGAGUCCGAAACCGACCGGUCCGCGGCACAAACUACACUCUUACAAACGGCGCAGAUGCGACGAAGAACCGGGAUGAAUGAUUCCGCCAUCGAACAGCGCGAGCGGGAGAUCGAGAAGAUCGCGCAAGGCGUCAUCGAUCUGCACGAUGUGUUUUUGGAGUUGAACAGUAUGGUGAUUGAUCAGGGCACGGUGCUGGAUCGGGUGGAUUACAAUGUGGAGCGCACGGCGGAGCAUAUGAAGGAGGCGGAGAAGGAGUUGAAGGUGGCGACGCGGUAUCAGAAGAAUAGUACGCGGAGGAAGAUUUUGUUGUUGCUGGUGUUGUUGGUGGUGGGGAUGGUGGUGCUGUUGGUGAUCAAGCCGAAGAGGAGG